UGUGGGCUGCCUCCCGCGCCUAAUACUGCAGGUGAAGCCACUAACAUAGAGGCAAAGGGAUUACCUGAUGGCCCUUCCCUUCUGCCAAGUGCAGCAGCGGCCGAGCUGUUGCAGUCAAGUAGAAAAGGUAGACUAUCUGUGGACAUAGACGAGUGCCCUCUGGGACGUGUUCUUCACACUGGCGUCUGCCACCUACUGUCCGGGUCCCUCAGGACACUGUUUAUAUUGUCUCAUGAUCUUUUCUUCUGGGGGGUGGGGGCUGACAUCAGGGCUGGGGAGAAGGCAGGAGCUGCAGAGCCAGGAGCCGCCUUGAGACUCGGAGAGUUGGUGCUGAGGGAAGAAUGGCAAGAUGAAGAGUUCCCUAGAUUGCUUCCUGAGGAGGCUAGCCCAUCCGGAGAUCCCGAAGACCCUCACAGAGACUCACAGGAAGGUACCCCCAGCACCCUGGCCCUGUGUGGCCAGCGCCCUAUGCGAAAGCGUCUCUCUGCCCCAGAACUGCAGCUGAAUCUGACUGAGGGAGCAGGGGACACCGGAGCUUCUCCCGCCCACUCGGACUCUUCCUCUUCCGGUGGCAGCUUGGACCUGGAGGUGGAUGAACUGGAGACACCUUCAGACUCUGAGCAGCUGGACAGUGGACAUGAGUUUGAAUGGGAAGAUGAUUUGCCUCGAGCAGAAGGCCUGGGGGCCAGCGAGGCAGCUGAAAGGCUGGGCCGGGGUUGUGUGUGGGACGUGGCUGGAGAAGACGGUCAUCGCUGGAGGGUGUUCCGAACAGGACAGCGAGAGCAGCGAGUGGACAUGACCAUCAUCGAGCCCUAUAAGAGAGUGCUGUCACAUGGAGGUUACCAUGGUGAUGGCCUCAAUGCUGUCAUCCUCUUUGCUUCCUGCUAUCUACCCCGAAGCAGCAUUCCCAACUACACCUAUGUCAUGGAACACUUAUUCAGGUACAUGGUGGGAACUUUGGAGCUGCUGGUAGCUGAAAAUUAUCUGCUCGUUCACUUGAGUGGAGGCACAAGCAGGGCCCAAGUGCCGCCUCUGAGCUGGAUACGCCAGUGUUACCGCACCUUGGAUAGGAGGCUUCGGAAAAAACUUCGAGCCCUGGUGGUUGUCCACGCCACGUGGUACGUGAAGGCGUUCCUGGCACUGGUUCGGCCUCUCUUCAGUUCCAAGUUCACACGAAAGAUCCGAUUUCUGGACAGCCUUGGGGAGCUGGCCCAACUCAUCUCCUUAGACCAAGUCCACAUCCCUGAAGUUGUGAGACAGCUGGACCAGGAUCUCCACGGCUCAAGAGGCACUUAACUGGAACUGGACAAAGGGCCGUAGAAUCAGGCCAAGAUGGUGAUCGCUCUGCACACUGGAGCUGUUCUGUAAACCAUCUCAUCCUGAACCAGGCCCCCACCCCUGUUCCACUGGAUCCUCGCUUCCCCGGUGGAUACCCUCUUCUGGACACUGCCUUCAAGCUGGGUUUUGAGGGUGGGAACCCCAUACGUGGGGUGGCUUUGCAUUUUGGCUGUCAGGAAGGAAGAUGUGGUGUGGCCACGGAAGUGCAGAGCUCUGGGUUUUUAAUUCUGCUUCACCUAUAAAACGUGUGGGUCUCAGUUUUUCUUCUCUGUAAUCAAAACCUCUGGGAUCCUUCCCAUCUUGGUCAUCUUAGCGGUCUUUUGAGGGGAGGGUGGAGGGAAGGUUAAGGCUUAACGAACAACCACAGCCGGCCUGUCUGCUGGAUCCCAGGAGCCAGCUUGCAAAAUCUUGAAGAGCCAACCCCUUCUUAGUCUGCUGCCUGUGAUCCUGGGAAGGACUGCUGUUUUCACCCUUGUUAGUAAAUUCAGACCUGUGGCCUUUAAUAAACCGUGAUGAGAGA